UAGAUUACCAUUUUACACCUGAAUAGCUUUGAUAUACAUAUACGUAUAUAUAUAGUAACUCACAGUUUCCUAUACGAAAUUAAAACAAUUUUUUUUUGUCAGGUUCACGACAGUCGUACACUGUACUUUGAUUUGAUUGUAAAAUUGUUUUUAUAUUUCACAAGCUUUUCGUGUGUGUGUGUUUUUUUUAUUAUAAGUAAUUUGCGGGAUUUAAAAAAAAAUGCAUGAGGAAAUAUGUUGAAGUAUAAAAGGCAACAUGCAUGUUGCUUGUGUUAAAUUCACAGUUAAAUAUCCGAGCUGAUGAACCUGACUUUGUCCGUAUAUGUGUUGACAAUAUUUUCAUUUUGUUAAACAGUUGAUAUAUAAGAGCUGUCAGAAAGGUUUUAUAAUUGGAUUAUUUAUUGUCUUUGUGCAUGUAAGGUGACUUAAAUAGAGCUGCCGAGUGAUGAAAAUUUCCCAUUCUGUAAUUGUACUGUUGAUUGUGCUACAGUAUGCCUCGCUGUCUGAUGGAGGACUGAGUUUUCUACAAACACUAUUGGAGAGUGCAUGGACCUCUAAGGACCCUCUUGAUGACAACACUGAACAAAUAGAUAAUCCAUGCUGUUCGUUUCCAUGUGAAAACCGUGGUGUAUGUAUGACUACUGGUGUAGGUAGUUUCAAGUGCGACUGUGAGGGAACCGGUUACUAUGGACCGACAUGUGAAAAACCCACUUUCUGGAAACGUGUAGUCUGGUUGAUAAAGCCAGAUCCGGACUUUAUACAUGAUCUGUUGACAGAUGCUAAACAUAGCUGGAUAUGGACAUUUGUCAACAGAAUACCGGGCUUAUCGGAUGCUGUCAUGGGGAGAAUUUACCUCAUACGUGGUGCAAUGGUUGAUUCCCCGGCCACCUAUACCUCGGAGCAUGACUAUAUUACCUAUGAGGCUUACGGCAACAGGUCGUACUUUGCACGUGCCCUACCCCCGGUGCCAAAAGAUUGUCCGACACCUCUAGGGGUAGUAGGAGCCAAAGAACUACCAGACGCUGGCAUGAUAGUAGACAAACUAAUGAAGCGUACCGAGUUUAAGCCUGACCCCAGGGGUUCUAAUGCUUUGUUCACAUUUUUUGCACAACAUUUUACACACCAGUUCUUCAAGACAGAUUUCGAACGAGGUCCUGGCUUCCAGUGGGGAGGACAUGGGGUGGAUGUAUCUCAUGUAUAUGGUAAAAAUAAACAUGUAGAAAAUAUGUUAAGAAGUUUUGAGGAUGGCAAAUUGAAAAUGCAGACAAUAAAUGAAGAGUCGUGGCCCCUUCACCUCAAAGAUUUGGAUGUGCCAAUGCAUUAUCCUCCAAGUGUACCCAAGGAAAUACAGUUUGCCCUCGGACAUAAAGAUUUUGGUUUAUUGCCUGGAUUAUUUAUGUAUGCUACAAUAUGGAUGAGGGAACAUAAUCGUGUCUGUGAUAUAUUAAAGGGAGAGCAUCCAGAAUGGGAUGAUGAAAGACUUUUUCAAACUGCCAAAUUAAUUAUUUUAGGUGAAACAAUAAAGAUUGUUGUAGAAAAUUAUGUACAGCAUUUAAGUAAUUACAAUUACCAGUUGACUUUUAAGCCGGAACUACUUUUCGGGCAGUCUCAUCAGUAUUCUAACCGAAUUACUGCCGAGUUUAAUCACAUGUAUCAUUGGCAUCCAUUGAUGCCGGAGGAGUUUAACAUCUCUGGGACUGUUUACACAGUGAAAGACUUCCUCUUCCGUCCUGAUAUAGUGUUAAAACAUGGAAUGAGAGAUUUUGUUGACGGGCUGGUUAAUCAGAGGGCCGGCGCUUUUACUCAUCAUAACCACAAUAAGUACACUCUUCCUGUUGCUAAGCAGACUAUAUUACAUGGAAGGUCUCUUAGAUACCAGUCAUUUAAUCAAUAUAGAAAAAGAUUUGGUUUACCACCUUAUCAAACAUUUGAAGAUUUGACCGGAGAUACUGAAGUAGCUAAAGACUUGGAAGAAAUAUAUGGAGAUAUAGAUGCUGUAGAGUUCUAUGUGGGUAUUGUUGUAGAAAAAACUAGACCAAAGGCAAUCUUUGGAUCAACUGUGAUAGAAUUAGGUGGGCCAUUUUCUGUGAAAGGACUUCUAUCUGCACCUAUAUGCAGUCCUCAGUAUUGGAAACCAUCAACAUUUGGUGGAGAUGUAGGCUUUAAUUUAGUGAAAACAGCUACAUUAGAGAAACUAUUUUGUAAGAAUAUGGUAAACUGUCCAAAGAUCUCAUUUGAAGUUCCCAAAGAAACCCAAAGUUGUACCAAAGAAACCCAAAGUUGUACAAAGACUGAAUUGUAACAUGUGUUCCAAGAGAAAAUUUUAUCAUUUCAAAUACCAAUUCUGAAUGCUAGAAAAUAUCUUGGAACCAGUCCAGGAUGAAAGUUCACUAAGAAUAUUUCGUGUACCAGUCCUCAUAUUGGGCUUGAUGUUAUUGCAUUUUAAGCUGUCAAGCAUCAAAGCAAACAUAAUAACCAAAGACAUCAUGUUGUUUGAUAUGAGAAUAACAAUCCUGGACAUUUUUCCUGCAGGCCCAUUAGGACACUAGUGCCUCUAUAGACUUGUGCAUCAUGAAAUGUUUGCCCCCUACCCCCACCCCUGAUGGAAAUGUGAAAAUGUCUCCACCCCCGGUUUGGAAAUUUGCUAAUUUUUGUCAAGCUUGUUUUAAUAGAAAUGCAACAACAAAAUGCAUUAUUAUUGAAAAAGGUGCUUUAUGAUUUAAACAUAAGCUUAAGAGUAGGGUGGGGGCAAAACAAAUGUCCUCAUACCGAUAAGAACCAAUCUGUGGUGAGAUAAGAACUGUCGAGGCUGCCCAAAAAUGGAAAAAUGUUGCAGACUUAGUUCAUCUACAGUAGUAGUUAAUGUAAGUUAACAUUCAUGGAUUCAAAGUGUGUAAGAUCCAACUUUGAUGUUCACACUUGUAUUUACCACUAAAAUACAACGUCCACCAGCCAAUACAUAUUUGUACUGUACAAAAUUGAAAUAAAACUAGUUAAAAGUGAUAAAAUAAAUGUAUACUGUUGUUUAAUGAAAUAUGUGGACAUAUAGUGUUUGUCCUUUGUGAUAAAGAUUAAGUGUGAAUCAUGUACAAAGAGUUGUAAUAUCAUUCACCUGAAAUUUACCAUCUUUAAUUACUGUAAUUGCUAUACUGAUACAAUAUCUGAAUGAAGACCAUCCUAUUUAAAAGUGAGAAAAGAAGAAAUUAAUGUACACUUUUCAAACAGAACUUUAAGUCUACAAAAAAAUUACCACAAAAAGGCCAGAAUAUGUCAAAAUAGCCUUUACUGCCUAAGGCACACAGCAGAAAUAUAGUGAUAAAUAUUUCAAAAUUAGUCAUUAAAUGCAUAAAAACAGGAAAAUUAUUUGUUGAAUUGUGAAUAUUGUACUUUACUAAAUAUGUUAGUACAUUUUUCUCAAGGUUGAUUUUUUUUAAGUAUUGUGGCUCACCUGGAGUAUUGUUGCUUUAAAUAAGCACAGUGUUUGACCUUUAUUUGAAUAUUAAGAUCUGUUAAAACAAUAAAUUUAUAAAUUUCUUCAUAUCUAUUUCAAAUUAUUACAUAUAUUGUUUACAAAAUGUACAUAACUUUUUAAAAGAUAUUUCCAUUGUUUACCAAAAGUGUUGUGAAUAAUUGAUUAUAUGUAAAAUAUUUUUGUGAUUUAUGUUUUGUUUGAAGUAAAUAUGUGUUUCUAUUUAUUAA